AUUUAUUGGGCUCUAGAGGUAGAUAGGGCGCCGGGCCCAUUAAAGAAUAGGGUUAUAGUUACUAUCAGUCCAUUGUAAAUUAGGGAUUGGACAGAGGAGAGGGGGAGGGCGAGCAGUGAUAGAGACGGCGAUGGUGUCAGGGAUGUCGUCAAUAAGGACGAAAAGCAUUGAAGGAGAAAUGGCGUGAGCGUCGAGCGACGGCGGGUAUGGCGUUGGGUUGUCGGGUUGUCGCGUCGGUGUGAGGUUUUAGGCGUUGUUCACUCACUCACUCACGGCCAGGCCAGGCCAGAUAUAGCAAAAGCUUUUGUCUGUCUCCCGUGAUUCGCCUCCUUCUCGCCAUUAAUUCAGCCGCGAUUCAAUUAAUUAAUCUCUCUCUCUCUCUCUGGUCUGCUCUGCUCAAUAAUUCUGGAGCCGUACCAUUGGUUGAUGCUCAUGCUCGAUCACGCCGACUGUGAAAAAGCAAGUACCAUUCCCCAACUCAUCCUCAGUCUGUGAGCUUACCAACACUCUCUCUCUCUCUACAUUUGUAGUAUGCUGUGGCAAAUGUGUGUAUAUAUGUAUGUAUGUAUGUGCGUACAUAUUCUGCAUUCUCACGUAAUUCAAGUGAUGACUAUAACUGCAUAUUUUUUUCUGUUGUGAUAUUUUUGGCUGUACCUUUUCAGAUAUGAAUAAUGAUAUUAUUAUUAUUAUUAAUUAAAUAAAUGUGGUCCCUUCCCUUCCUGCUCUGGUAUUACUGUGAUUUUUAUGCAUAUUAUCACAAUACAAUUUCAAAACAUAUGAUUGAUUGAAUCAGUGGGGUUUGGCUGAAACAUGCAAAUGAAAAUUAGGGUUUGGUCAAAAACACAUGGAAAGUACAUGACUGUCCAGCAACAAAAUGUGAUCUUUGCCCAUCUCUUUCUCAUCGGUCAAACAUCAGAAAAUGUGAUGAUGAUAACCUCAAUCCCCAAAUUUUACCCUGUCCAAUCAAUAUUAAUUAGUUAAUUAACACUACACUCACAGUAGAGUAGAGUAGAGUGGAGUAGAGUAGAGUAUAGAGUAGAGUAGAUGAAUAUAUGUAUAGAAUUAUCCAGAAAGAAUUGGCGAUGAGUAGACAAAAAAAACAAAAAAGGCCGUACGUACAUAAGCAGAAAGUAUGAGAAAUCAAGGCCGCCGGACAUUGCCUGCCUCCCUACAGUACACCUACGCCCCCUACUGUACUAACCCUAUUUUUCUCUCUCUUAUUUCUCUCUCUCUCUCUCUCUAAAUAUCAUGCUAUAUAUUCAUUGCAAGCAAUCCCUUAUGCUCUCUUCGUUUUAUCAUCGGUCUGUUGAAUGAAUUUUUGGGCACGUUAUAUCAAGAACUAGUUAGCAGGCAGGCAGGCAACAUUUCCUUAAUUCCAUAUUUCAAGUGUACUUGCAAGAAUGCAGGUGGCGAAAGAGUUGCCGGCGCCGGCGCUGAAGAAUGCGGAGGCGGUGUACCAGAAGGUGAGCCUUUUGGUUUCCGGCAACGCGGUGGUGAUGUUCACCAUCAGCGGCUGCUGCAUGUGCCACGUCGUCAAGCAGCUGCUGCUCGGCCUCGGCGUCGGUCCGACCAUCGUCGAGCUCGACCGCGACGCUUCCGGCGGCGACAUCCACGCGCUCCUUUUCCACCUCUCCGGCGGAGGGGGAGUGGGAGGGCGGCGGAGCCGCCAGCCGGCGGUGCCUGCUGUGUUUGUGGGAGGAAAAUUUUUGGGAGGGAUUGAGGCGGUGAUGGCCUGCCAUAUCAACGGAACCCUAGUUCCUCUUCUCAAGGACGCCGGAGCUCUGUGGCUCUGAUCGCCGGGUGGCUUUUAUAUGAUAGGAAAUUAAUUAGUCCUUUGGUAUUAUUAUAUGUUAAUUUUUAUUUAAACAUGCAUAACAUAUAUAAUAUAUAUAUAUGUAUAUAAGAUUGUAGAAAUGUUAUUCUAUUUCUUAUUAAAUAUAUGAAUGGCUUAAUUAA